AUGCGAGCCGACCAAAAUCGGGAACCAAGGGCAUCUUUGGCCCCCGGAUUCACCGAUAAUCCGAACAGUAUCGCACGUUGCGCCCUAUGGUGGGCACUUGGGAUUCACCGAGACCGAUCUGUUUCAGCGGGGACUUGCCCGUUACGUUUGAAAUCGGCGAAAGAUAUCGGCUCAAGAGGUCCUCCAACGCGAGGAGAAACGUGCAAAGCUACGAUUGAACCUCGAACCCCGUUAGGGGUUCUCACAGCGUUGAACAAUAAACAAGUAGACUCCUUCGAGUAAUAAGAGCGUUCAAGUCGACUCUGGAAGAUUUGGAGGAGCGUCGCUCUGUCCAUAGUUUACACAGCUUACACAGUAUGCGCAGCUCACGCAGCCACACCGGGCCCCGACCACUGUCCGACUUCACUUACAUUGACGAAGACCCGACAAACGCCGCGGUGAACGCCGCCGGCAGGGGCAGCCUGCCGGGCAAGAACGCCGAGCUGGUGGUGGUGGUGGAUCACGCAAGGAUGAACAGCUCGUCGACGUCGCCGUUGUUGCUCACCGUCGCCGGCAACGCGCACCACCAUCAUAACACCACCAUAAACACCACCAAUAAUAGAUCCUCGUCCAAUAGCGCCCUAAACCAGGCCCAGCAACCCAACCAUACGCAGAUGCAGAGUAGCAACAACAGAGACAGCAACAACACUGGAAACAACACCCUGCUUCUCAGCUCCAAUAAUCUGGCCCUCCCGGAAUUGACGAAGCUC